AUGCCAAUGGCUUUGAUGAUAGAGCCAAGGAGUAUAGUGGUCAUCGCAAAGGAUAUGAUCCAACCACAUCUCCCGCCCAAAUCAACCAAAUCCACGAUGUCUCUUCAAAACACCCACCUCGAUCCAGCAUCAGCCGGCUCAGCCUCCAAUUCUCAAUCAACCAGCGCAACCACCAGCCGUUCACAAACACCAGCCGGCGACCGUCGCAAGAGCGGAGCCUACGACAGCGCACCCAGCCAAGGCGUCUGGGAAGCCGACAAGGAGAGGCAGCACAAAGGUUUCCUGCAGAUGGUGCUCGGCAACAAGCUCACUCCGAGUUUCUUGAAGUAG